CAUGACCUCCACAUCCUCAACAAUUCGCUCCUGGUUAAUUUAACCGACAGCCACAACGUUAGCGUGACCUAUGACCCUCUCGGCGGCCACACCGUCUGGCAGGUCGUGAUGAUCGUGUUCCUGUGUGGCUCGCUUUCCUUAAUCACGAUCAUCGGGAACAUCCUAGUCCUGGUGUCGUUUAAAGUCAACAAGCAGUUGAAAACGGUGAAUAACUAUUACUUGCUAAGCCUGGCGUUUGCCGACCUCAUAAUCGGUGUUCUUUCCAUGAACCUCUACACCACGUACAUCAUCAUGAACCAAUGGGCUCUCGGGAACUGGGCAUGUGACCUGUGGCUAGCCGUGGAUUACGUAGCGAGUAACGCAUCCGUGAUGAACCUUCUGGUUAUUAGCUUCGACAGGUACUUUUCCGUAACGCGCCCGCUAACCUACCGAGCCAAACGGACCACUAAACGAGCCAUGACUAUGAUCGGACUCGCCUGGUCCAUUUCGUUCAUCCUGUGGGCGCCGGCGAUCCUCUUCUGGCAGUAUUUCGUGGGCGAGCGGACAGUCGCGGCGGGCGAAUGCUACAUUCAGUUUCUCUCGGAGCCGAUCACGACUUUCUGCACGGCUAUCGCCGCGUUUUACCUUCCCGUCACCAUCAUAACCAUCCUUUACUGGCGAAUCUACCGGGAGACGGAGAACCGGUCCAAAGAGCUAGCAGGAUUAAAGGCUUCGGGAAACCAAGGGGAAAAAACGGAGAAUCGAAGCUACGAUCCGAAUCCGUCGAGCCGGAAACGAUCCAGGAAAACCAAACGUCGUUCGUGGCUCUGGUUUCGUCGUAAACACGGUAGCACCGACACGGAUCGCAGCGACAGCUGGAAUAACAACGAGACUGCCGUUUCCAUCGACCAAUCGGAUGAUGACGAAGACGAAGAUGUUGAAGACACACGUCACGUUUAUUCAAUCGCGCUCGAAAGCCUCCAGCCGACGGACUCGGACGCCAAACCGUCCAGAAAGCAGACUCCGCCGAAAGACCAACCCAACGCCAACGUCAAUAAAGAUGGCCGACGCUUCCCCUGCAAGGCUAAAGCGCGCAAGAAAGUGUCUCUGGUGAAGGAGAAGAAGGCGGCGCAGACGCUGAGCGCCAUCCUGCUAGCGUUCAUCAUCACCUGGACGCCGUAUAACAUCAUGGUCCUUCUGAACGCGUUCUGUGACGAGUGUAUUCCUGCGACGCUGUGGGCUCUGGGUUACUGGCUGUGCUACGUCAACAGUACUGUUAACCCCAUGUGUUACGCGCUCUGUAACAAAACCUUCCGCACCACCUUCAGGUCCAUCCUCAUGUGCCAGUGGAAACACAACAAACCGGUUCAGCAGAGAGCGGCCCCGACCCGUCGCAGACACAGCCCGCAGUGAGGGACACGUGUGGGACUGCAGUGUUCGUGCUGUACAAGCCAAAAAAGGCUUAGUAUUUUUGUCUUGUUUCCAGUCCAAAUAACUCAAAAUUCUUAAAGUCCCCGUGAAAUCAAAA